CAGAUAUUUUUUGAAUCAAGAUUUUUAUCAAGUUCAUUGGUGGUGAAUUUCCAACACACACCAAACAAAAACAAGGGUCGCCCACUUGCUGCGGCACACUUGUUGACAAGAACACAUCUGCAUACAAGAUGCCAACGCGAGAUGGGUCUCGCCAUCUCGGCCUCAAUGGCGCACAACACAGCAAGCAAGAUAUAGCCGCAGCAGUACCGCCAGGACCUCCACCAAUAGGCAGUGGUGCCAAAAUAUGGGCGUCGGUGCUCCAUCUAGUCCGAAAAGUUGUUCCGUUGGAGCGUUCAGCGCCACCAGCCGCUGUCAAUUCAGGCACUGGCUCUUCGCCAAUACCAGGCGCUCCGCCCGGAGCAUCCCAUGCUGCUGCUGCUAACGGUGCUGCACACACUAUGCAACCACCAGCUUCCUCCAGCAUUUCUACCUCUUCCUCUGCAUCUUCUUCUUCUUCUUCCUCCUCCUCCUCUUCCUUGUUAACAUCUCAUGACAUCCCUGCUGCCGUGAAAAAAAUCCGUAAAUCGCCGCGAAGAACGCGGUAUAUCGACUCGCUUCGGUUUUGGGUGGGCUGCAUUUUGUGGAUUGGCCUGAGCAUAUUCAUCGCGACCGUCGACGACUAUCCAUCGUCCGACGUACGCAAUUUGAAUCCUCCUGCGGUGCUCUCGUUGGCAGACGCCCUGUUCACCCCAAAAUCCGACUUGCCUUGGCUGUCCCAGUUUGUCAGCGGCAUUGCCUCUUUACCAGCAUUCGCCUCCUCGGCAAGUCCAGGCCCCUCCUUGCCACCAGCCGCUGCACCCUCUGGAAGUGCAAACCACAACCACCACAGCCACCACAGCCACCCACACCACCACCACCACCACCACCAAGGCAAUCCUGCCACUCCGCCAUCGCCGGCCUCGGGCAGUCUGGACGCAAACUCCGUGCCGGCCCAACUCCCUUUCGCAACAAGCAGCACCGCUUCGUCCGCAAUCUCCUCCUUCCUCGGUUCGCUCCCGAUCGAGUUGGUGGCAACCCGCGGGCCAUGGUCGUCGCUACAAUGUCGAAGCGUCACUACAUCCACCAACAGCCAGGCUGCUUCGCCCAAAAAGCUGCCCGUCCUGUACUGUGGUUCUCGGGUGUGGAUGGCGGACGCCGUCAUGUUGGGUUCGCAGCUCGCUCAAGUCGGCAGCGCCCUCCAACUGUCGUCCACAGCGCCGACGCCUUCACCCGUAGCGCCGCAUCAGCAUUUGCGUGUGCCUCGCUCGGCGACUCGCCAAAACCCUUUUGCACCCUAUUCGUACGAAGAUGCGCACGCCCUCUUUGGCACCGCGCACCAAGCAGCGCACCACUUUGCCGCACACGAGGAACUCCUUCAGUCCACCUUUCUUAACAUUUAUCAGCGCGUGUCCGAGUACCGCACGCUGGGUGAUUCAGCCUCGCUGUUCAGCCACGAUUCGCAAUCUGCUCCAUCAUCAUCGGCCUCUGCCUCGCCAAGCAAUCCUGACAACGCGGAUGCUGCUCCGUCCGAAACGCAAAAGCAGCUCCGAAUGUUCCAGCAAGAAUGUCAGUUGCCUCCUGCGCCGGCGGGCAUCGACCGCCAAUGCACCGUUUUCGCCUAUCCCCGCAUUGCCCAUUGGUACGAGCACCUGUCGCAUGAGCUGAGCUUGGCCCUGGCCGACGGCUCUGUCAACGAAGCGAUUGCCAACGCAAAGCAAAAGGUGCUUGCGCAGCUGUACAAUCAUCCAAACUCAGAGUUGUGCAUUGUCGUGCUGCGCCUCAACAACAUGGUGUACACGGGCACGCUUGUCGCUGCAAUCGACCAGUCACACUCGAUUCUGCGCAUGGCACAGCAAGCUGCGGCACGUGUCGAGCAGCGCUUUGUGGAAAAGAUGCCCCAGGACACUGUCAGCGACGUGGUUCUUGGCGUUGCCCGUCUUGCAAAGCAUUCGGUGCAGCGCCUGUGCAUCUUUGCCGUUAGCACCGCCAUCCGCACCGUGUCGACUCUGGGCUCGCUGGUGGUCAGCCUCGCCACUGAAAUUGGUGGUCGCGCAAUGUCCGAUGACGCUGCGUACGACUACGACGAUGAAAGCGAGUUGUUUGUCGAGGACGGCGAGCAAGAGCUUGUUCCUGCUGCUGGCGAUGUCCACCAGCCAGCGCGCACGGACUGCAGCUCAUCUGCAGUGGACGAAGCCAGCGCGCAAAUUCGGUGCUCUGACGUGAUGCCCCUGCAGCCCAGCCCGCCCCACCCGCCGCGCCAGUUGUCAGACGAGGGCAUUGCGCAGCUCGAAGUUCAGCUCUCUCGCAUGUUGGACAUCCUGUCCAUCCCCAGCGAGUCUCCCGUUGCGCCCGAAAAGGCUGCGCGCAUCACUCAGCUCCGCGACUGUGUCAUGAGCCUGCGUGUCGUGCUCGAGUCGAUUCGGCGUGGGCGCAUUGCUCAGCGCGAAGCCACCGACCACUUCCAGCUCAUCCUUUCGCUUGCCGCCCAGUUUGGUGCUUCCAUCCCAACCGAGUCGCUCGGGGUUGCCAAAACCACCGGGUCUGCUCAAGACCGGAUUGAGGAUGCAGCAGCUGCUGCUGCUCAACAGACCACGGCGGACGCGUCGCAGCAAACUCAACCAGCAUCGUCGGCCACUCAGCCUGCGCGACCAAAACGCCAAAGCGGCAAGCGUCGUGCUGCCUCGUCGCAGCUGGACCCGUUGGACGACGUGAGUGGCACGAAAGAAUCCGUCUUUUUGACGUUGAUGGCGUGUUUGGCGCUGUUUGCCACAGUUCGUCGCAUCUCCAAUCGCUUGUUCCGAGACCCGCAUGCGCCGACUUCUGCUACUGCUACUGCUACUGCUGCUGCUGUCUCGUCCGGCUCCGAGCAGGCGGAUGAUGUCGAUGCAGCGCAAACAGCAACAGACACUUCAACUUCCGCAAAGGACUCUGCGGUGGACGCCCGCCUCGUGCCACCACGGCAACAGACCAAGCAGCAACAACAAAAGCAGCAGCAAAUGCGCCAGCGCUCUCACAAGACAGAGGACGACUCGCCGCUGCCUCAAGUCUCCGCCUCGACCGCUUCAACCACAACCAUCUUUGAAGAGGUGGUCCCGGCGCCCGGCGUUCCAGCAGUUGGCAUGGCGCAGCAGUCCACCAGUCAGUCGCUCAGCCUCGCUUCGAAUGGCGAGAUGCAUGCUGCUGUCAAGUCAGUCACGCUCGUGACCACCGCCACCACCACCACCAUCCUCGAUGCUUCGUCGUCGGACGACACCGUCAUGGCGGCUGAGCCGGGAGGCGGGUCUGAAAGUGCCCCGCACAGCGCUCGCUCCUCCUUGUCCGAAGGCACGGGGUCCCAACGCACUUCCAUUUCGGCCGACUCUGCUUUCACGCUCAUGCCACCGCCUUCACCCCGCUCCACCAAGUCGUCACGUCGCCGCAAGCCGUCCGCAACGCCGUCCAUAGACGCUUCUGCGCAAGGAUCGCCUGCACCCUCAAUCCCCCCGUCGCCUCGCGCCUUCUUUGAAGGAAACUCGUUCGAUGCUUGGCCGCCCGCAUCCAACAACGGGUCUACUGUUGGCAAGCAUCGUUCGUCCGCCAGCGCCAGCAGCAACGGAACUAGCAACGGCCAUUCACGCAGCGCCCGCCGUUCGUCGCAACAGCACUCCUCUGCCUCUUUGUCUCAUCAUCAUCCUCAUCACGCACCGGCAGCUCAUUCGCAAAAUGGCGGGUUGUCGAAUCCUGGCGCUUACUUUGAUCCGCAACAGCACCUGUUCCAACAGCAGCAGUACCAGUUGCAACGUCAGCAGUUAUUGCAACAGCAGCAGCAGCAAUUCCCGUCGGCAUUGGGACAGUCAUCUUCAUUCGCUCGGCAGCCGCAAGCACAACAGUCGCAGCAACAACAGCACACUGCCUUGGCGUCGCGCUCCGUUCCCAACUUGCCAGGAGAUGCAUCCUUCACUGCCCAAUUUGAAGCAUGGCAAAACUAUUUGCUGCAAGUGGCGCAGAUGGAUCCGGCUGCACUCUACGGUCUUUUGCACACGAGUGCGGCAGCAAACGCGAUUUCGUCCACGCAAUCCGCCGCUGCGGUCGUGUCUGCAAAGCAGGCAGCUCAGCCCAAUGGCAAUGGUUCCACACGCGCCAGCACGCCUUCGUCUGGCGGCGCCAGUGCGUCUGGUACACCAACCGUCUACCCUGCAGUGUCGCCUGCGGCGACAGGCGCAGCCCCAGUAGGUAGCCUGUCUGCGGCCAGUAGCGUCGAGAAUCUCGCGGCUCCAAGCACCACCUCCGACACGUCAACUCCCUCCGCUCUCGCAAGCGAGACUGAUCCCUUGGCCUCGGUUGUCUCUUUGCUGCAACAGCAGCAAAAGUGGUUUUCCAGCCAGCCCAAUGUUGCCGUUCCGGUCUCAUUGCCGGCCGCCAGCGAGACCCCAGAUGCGUUGCUCUCGGCCGAGGCGCCAGCACCGAGUGUCCAUCCAACGCACGCCGUGACGGUCCCCUUGCAGACCCGUCGCACCCGCUCGUGUGCCUCGUCGUCGUCGUCGCUGCUGCCAGCAGUCGCCACGAGUCUUGCGGUCUCGGCAGCAUUUGCACAGUCCGAUUCGGUGCUCGGUGGCGUCUCGCCGCCGUUAUCUCCCAGCAUGUCGUCCGCCCUCUCCAUGUCGUCCUCGUCCGACUCGUCCACGACUUCGAUGGGAUCGUCGUUGUCGUCCAUGUCGUCUGCCACCACGUCAACCUCGCCCACCACUCCCCCCGAAAGCAGCACCCUCGCUACCAAAGUGCAAACUUGGAAUAGCACCAUUGUCCGGGGUGUCUAUUGCUGCAAUUGCGGCUAUGAGGGACACACCAUCCGCGAUUGUCGCGAACCCACGCUGGACGAAACGAUGCGCCAGCAGGCUCAACCACCCGUGCGUUCUGCGAACAACAACGGGCUUUCGGCAACUGGUCCUGCGCCCUCGAUGAAUCUACAGGAAGCCGCUCGCCUGGUCCUUGCGCACGCCAGCUACCUCGAGCAGAUGAACAAGAUUGUGCAGCUACAGAACAAGCUCAUUCCGCCGCCUGGAGGCCAUGCCGGAGGGACCGACGUUCGCGCUGCUCAGCAGCAGCAGCAACAGCAGCUUCCACAAAUGCCACCUCGCGUGCCGCUCGCUGCACCGUUUCCGCUCCCACCGAUAGCGAUUGAUCCCCAUCUCUUGCAACAGCAGCUGCUGCUCCAUGUACAGCAACAAGCGUUGUUGGGUGGUGGUGGUGGUGCUGGCGGUCCUCCGGCUGGAGUGUUUCCCAACCCACCUCCUUCGCACGCCGUGUCGGCACCCAACAUGCCAAUGCUCGCCCCCUCGCUCGUAGCCGCAGCCACUGCCGCCCUGUCGCCUUCCCCUGCGCUCCAGCAACAGCAAGAGCUGAUUCGACUUCAGUUUGGCGGCAUGCAGCCUCCGAUUCCUUUUGCGCGGCAGCCUCCGCGUGCGCCUUCGUCGCUUCCCAACGCUCAGUCUGCGCAGCUCUGAUUUGAGCGAAAGUUUCUUGGAACUGCGUUGGCGUCCAGGCCGUUGCCGCGAGUUUAUGCCCACGACGAUCGUUCGUUUUUUGUGAAGUGUGUUUUGUUUGCAACGACCCCAGCUCUUUCCCAAGCGGUAGCUCUCAUGCUACUACUCUUGGAAUUUUUUCAGUAUCCCUUUGCAUGAAGAGAUUUUUCGCGCCAUGUCAUUAGAAUCUGUGUUUUUGUUUUUCCUUUUGUUAUGAACUUUAAUAUUAUUACUGUAUUUUUUCGUUGAAUUUCUUGCAACGGA